AUGUGUGAAGUGUUGUACAAAAAAAUAAAAGAAACAGAAUGUGAAUCUAAUUUACAUGUAUCAAACAAUAAGGUACUAUUUGAUUGGAUAUAUAAAGUAAUAAAAUAUGGAAUACCAGUACCGAGUUCAUAUUAUUCAAACGAAAAAAUUGUAGAUAAAGAAACAAAUAGAUAUGUAUUGACAGAAUAUAUAUAUGAUGCUGAUAAUAUAAUAUAUAAAGUUGAAGCGCAUACAAAAAUAAAAUUAGAAAAAAUUGUAAAUAUGAGGGUAAAAUGUUUGGAUGAAGAAUACUUAAUUAAUAAUGAAGUAGAAAAACUAUAUUUAGAUGAUAAAUAUAAUGAAUUAGAUUCCAUACAAAUAUACAUAUCAUACAAUAAUUUUUCAAAUGUAUGGAAUGACGAUACUAUGCAAUAUUUUGUUAAAUGCUAUAAUGACAAUAAUUUUAAAACACAUAUACAUAUUUUAGAAAAAGAAGAAUUUGGUUAUGAUAUUCAAAUAGAAUUAUAUGAAAUACCAAAAGAUCCAAUUAAGUCUUUUUUAAUUUCUAACCAUUUAUCAAGAAUUCGAGAAGCUUUAUUGUCUGGCCCUUUUAUGCAUUUUUUUUUAACAAAAAUUAAUUUGUCCGAAAAUAUUUUACAAAAAUUUAUUAUUAGAAAAAAUGAAGUUAUAUAUAUAGCUAAAAUUGAUAGUUGUGUAUUUAUUAUUAUUUCGAUACAUUAUAAAGAUAUAUAUGACAAAUAUGUAGUUUUAGGUUUGUGCAAAAAUAUCCAUUUUGUUACUAAAACAAUGGAUUUAUCUGGAAACUUAGAUUGCACAUUUUAUUCGAAUUUCCCAUCUCAUUUAAUAAGUUCUGAUUUGUUUAUUUACAAUAAGAAUGAGGAUAAAAAUAAUUACGAUACUGUUAUAAUUGAAUGUGAUAAAAAAAAAGAAAACACCGAUGAAAAUGUUGAGGAAAAUACCGAAAAAAAUCUUGGAGAAUAUAUUUCAACCUAUAAACAAUUACAAACACAUAGUGCUACAUGUGAAGAAAAUGAUACAUCAAAAUUCCCGAAUGUUGGAUUUAUAUCAAUAAAAGUGGAUGCCAAAUUAUUUAAUAAUUGUAAAGAGUUUUCAGAAUUAAUUAAAAUAGCUAGUAGGAUAUCUCAUAUUAUUGUUUCUUUCAGGGAAUUUCUAAACAACUCUCUGGUCCUAUAUCGAAUUAAGCAAAGACGAAGUGGUUAA